CGUUUACUUUCGUUUAGGCUGCCGGUAAAAUGGGCAGUGAGCCGCGAAGUUAAUGGUACUUUUUUGCUCGUAACGAAUCGUUUUAAGUCGGACGUUGAUUGUAUGUCACGGCCCAAUUAUGAGCGCGGCACCUUACAUAUGCUCUGACAUUUUAUUCGUAUUUACAGAUGAUUUAAUUAGUAGCUGUAUUUUUAUACUUUCAUGAUGAAAUGGGCGAUGUGAUGUUAGCUAUGCGUAAAUGCGGCGCCGGUCUUCGGCGCUGUUUGCCCUGGUCACGCUACAUCUUGCGCUAUAUGAGCGCGGGCAUGACCGGGCGUAAGAUCCCAGCUGCUCCGCUGCCUUCGGAGGAGGCGUCUCUCUACGUACACAGUGGAUCCUGGAAUUUUGUGGGGGAAUGUGCUGUGUCUCCUCACGCUCCCGGGCCGUUGUCUCUCUGCAGUGGCCCUACUGCCUGAAACGCUGCUCCUACUGCAACUUCAACAAGUACAUUUCCCGGGAUGUCAACCACGCCGAGAUGAGGGCAUGUCUGCAGUUAGAGACCGAGGCAUUACUCCGAGUCAGCCAAGUGUCCCGCAUCACUUCUGUGUUUUUUGGUGGUGGCACCCCUAGCCUGGCCCCACCCUCAACAAUCGCAGCCAUCCUGGAGACGGUUGCUAGGCGCGCAGAUCUCCCUGUUGAUGCUGAAGUCACCUUAGAGAUAAACCCGACCCCCAUGGGACUGGCCUCGCUGGAGGAAUUCAGGCUUGCUGGGGUGAAUCGCUUCUCCAUAGGAGUGCAGUCUCUUCAUGAUGAGGCUCUGAGGGUUUUUGGUCGAGACCACAAUUCCCAAGAUGCCUUGCACACAAUAGCAGAGGCUCAGAGGCUGUGUCCUGGUCGUGUGUCCGUGGAUGUCAUCUUUGGUCGCCCGGGCCAAACCGUGGAAUUUUGGGAGGCGGAGCUAAACGAGUUGCUGUCGGCCUGCGAUGAUCAUGUGUCGCUGUACCAGCUGACCCUCGAAAGGGGCACCCGCCUCUUCAAGCAGGUGGAGGCGGGUCAGCUGACCAUGCCAGGCGAUGAUGUCACUGCUCACAUGUAUGAGUCGGCCCGGAGGAUUUUGGGAAAGCGAGGAUUCUUGCAAUAUGAGGUGUCCAACUUUGCCAGAAAUGGUGCUGUCAGUUCUCACAACAUCAGCUACUGGAGGGCGGGUCAGUACCUUGGCGUCGGCCCAGGUGCACACGGCCGCUUCAUCCCCCACCAGGAGGGGGCGAUACUGAGGGAGGCCUGGACCCAGACCCUGGAGCCUGAUGUGUGGAUGAAGGAAGUCCGGUGCCGGGGUCAUGGAACGCGCCGGAGGAUUCAGCUCGGUCAUCUGGCUCUACUGGAGGAGGUGUUGGCGAUGGGCCUGCGCCUCGUUGAGGGCGUAUCUCACCAGCUCUGGAAAGAGUUCAGCCCAGAUGCAGACCUCCAGCAGGUUUUUGGCCGGUCCACAGAGGUGCAGGACCUUCAGAAGAGGGGUUUGCUGGUCCUGGAUGACAGGGGUCUGCGGUGCUCCUGGGGGGGUCUGGCACUGUUGGACAGCGUCCUCCCGCCUCUGCUUCUCCAACUGCAGGCAUACCAUGACCACCAGGGGGCGUCUGGGUGAUCGAGGUGGUCAUCAUCUCAUAACCAAAAACUCAACCAUGUUUAAGACCGCAGAGAAGGUGAUGGGUUUGUGAAAAUCCGUGCAGUUCAUCGUCGUCUAGCCCGACCUCCUAUGUGAAAUCCGCACUCUGCAAUGGUGUGACUCCACUAGCAGUCGAAGAGGGUCGUGCACGUCGUCCAUCAGUGCAAACCAGACAUCAAGGACAACAGGGUCUUACAUGAACUUUAACCUUUGCAUUUCAGCCAAUGUUCUUUAUCUAACGGGAAACCGACACAGCAAGUCCUCUACAGACAGUCUUUGAAAAUGUGAAAAAUUUUGAAUAUUUAAAUGAAUAAAGACAGUAUAUUUUCAUAUAAUUGUGCAAAAAAAUAAUUUUCAUAAUAUUUCUCAUACUCUAUUUACAAAAAUAGACAAUGGAUUGAUAUCCAUCCAUCUCCUCUAAGCACUUAUCCAGUGCCAGAUGGAUGUGAGUUCACAACCCAGGAAGCACUGGGCACAGGGCAGGAGGCUCCCUGGAUGCGAUGCCAGUCCGUCGCAGGGCACACACUCUGGGGUACCCUGGGCAGUUUAGAUACGUCAGGUAACCUAACCUCAUACAGCCAUGGGAAAAACUGAGACCACAGCACAAUUUUCUGUUUUUACAUUUCUAAAUUAUCGGACUGCAUCUGUGAAUUAUAUACUGCAGACUGCAUCCUGGCUCUUCCCUGCUUCUCAUUAAUGAAGGGCUUCUUCCUUGCUUUGUGGGACUUCAGUCCUGCUUCUAGGAGCCUGAUACGAUCUGUCCUAGCAGUGCACUUCA